GGUCUGGCUGGCGGCGGGCGGUGGGAGUAGCGCCCCGGCUCCCAGUCGCCUCUAAGCCGCUCCAGCCUCCCUAGCCGGCCCCUCCAAGGCAGGGUCAGAGAGCCCGGUCGCCCCCGGCCUUGCCGACGUCAUUUUUAACCGUUCGGGACUCGUGAGCAAGAACCAAUAAGUGGAGAUCCCAGCCCGGGAGUGUUGUCAGCUUUUCGGUUUCACUUCGGGCUUCUUUUUAAAUGGCUCUGCUCCGGCAAACGAAUCGUGAGUGAGGCCGGGCACCUCAGCUCCGGCGCCCGCAGCGGGAACGCAGUUCCCGUCCGAGGCCAGGGCCGUGGGGGGGGCGCCGAGGUCGCCGCCGUUAUGGACACCCAGGCGGCCGAGGGCAGCGGGUCGGCGCGGGGCGCUCCCGGCCGGGAGCCACCGACGGCCGGGGUCCGGGAGAUCCCCCUCUUUGGGGCCUACUCCAACGCUCCACCUCCAUCACACAGUACAGGAAGUAACAAAAGACAAGUCAGAGAUAAAGACUGAGUAAAACUGUAGAAGAAUUUAGGAAUGUUUUUCCUCCUCCAGAAGGCAGGUCUGUGACAAGCAGGGAACAAGGCAACGACGGCGCAGCCUGGCCCCGGCUGACGGACGCUGGCGACUCAGAGAUGGACAGUAGCUGCCACAACGCGACUGCCAAAAUGUUAGCUACUGCUCCGGCCCGGGGCAACAUGAUGAGCACCUCCAAACCCUUGGCUUUCUCCAUCGAACGAAUCAUGGCGCGCACCCCAGAGCCCAAGGCCCUGCCCGUCCCCCACUUCCUUCAGGGAGCCGUGCCCAAGGGGGACCCCAAGCACUCUUUGCAUCUUAACUCGUCGAUCCCUUGCAUGAUCCCCUUCGUGCCUGUGGCGUACGAUACGAGCUCCAAGGCUGGAAUGACGGGCUCGGAGCCGCGGAAGGCGAGUCUGGAGGCUCCGGCGGCACCCGCAGCGGCGCCCGCAGCGCCCGCGUUCAGCUGCAGCGAUCUGCUCAACUGCGCGCUGAGUCUCAAGGGCGACCUGGCCCGGGACGCGCUGCCGCUGCAGCAGUACAAGCUGGUAAGGCCCCGUGUGGUCAACCAUUCUUCCUUCCACGCCAUGGGAGCCCUGUGCUACCUGAAUCGAGGUGACGGCCCCUGCCACCCGGCAGCCGGCGUUAACAUCCACCCGGUGGCCUCCUACUUCCUCAGUUCCCCUCUGCACCCUCAGCCAAAAACGUAUUUAGCUGAAAGAAAUAAACUGGUGGUCCCGGCGGUGGAGAAGUACCCCUCGGGAGUAGCUUUCAAAGACUUGUCCCAGGCUCAACUGCAGCAUUAUAUGAAAGAAAGCGCCCAGCUUCUGUCGGAAAAAAUCGCGUUCAAAACCUCUGACUUCAGCCGAGGCUCUCCUAACACCAAGCCCAAAGUUUUCACUUGCGAAGUGUGUGGAAAGGUCUUUAACGCACACUAUAACUUAACCCGUCACAUGCCAGUGCACACAGGAGCCAGACCCUUCGUUUGCAAAGUGUGUGGAAAGGGCUUCCGGCAAGCCAGCACCCUGUGCAGGCACAAGAUCAUUCAUACCCAGGAAAAACCUCACAAAUGUAACCAGUGUGGCAAAGCAUUUAAUAGAAGUUCCACUUUAAACACGCAUACCCGAAUACACGCAGGCUACAAACCGUUUGUGUGUGAAUUCUGUGGCAAAGGAUUUCAUCAAAAAGGGAAUUACAAAAACCACAAGUUGACCCACAGCGGGGAGAAGCAGUUCAAGUGCAGUAUCUGCAACAAGGCUUUCCACCAGGUUUACAACCUCACCUUUCACAUGCACACUCACAACGACAAGAAGCCGUUCACGUGCCCCACGUGUGGCAAAGGCUUCUGCAGGAACUUUGACCUCAAGAAGCACGUCCGCAAGCUACACGACAGCAGCCUGGGGCUGGCCCGCACGUCCGCUGGGGAGCCCGGCACGGACCCGUCGCCCCCUCUACAGCAGAUGCCGCCUGCCACCCUGCCGCCGCUGCCGCCGCCGCUGCCGCCCCCCGGUCCCCUGCAGCCCGGGCUCCACCCGGCCCACCAGUGAUCAAGGCCAAAGUCCCUUCCCAGCCGCAUUCGGGCCCCACUACCGAGGCAGCGGGGGAAUAGAGCUGGUCCUGCAGACCCAAGCUCGUCUGCAGACCCCAGGGCGUGUUGGGCCCCACGUUAGCGCCUACCAGAAGCCUCUGCAUUUCCCCCGCUUUUAGCCUCUUGCAUGCACCUGCUAAAUGGUUCUGUGUAUUAUAUCCUAUAUACGCACUAACGAUUAUGAGAAAAUUGGGGGUUUUGUUUUCUGAUUUUUUUUUAAACAAAAUUCUGCUGUAUUUAUUGAGAUCUGUAUUAUCCUACCCGGGAAUGCUGCACCAUUUUAAUUUUAUUAUUGUAUAUAUUUCCAUUGUGUUAUUCUGCAGUCUCAAGAUGCCUGCCGAUUGUUUAUCAUUUCCUCUUUCCCUGAGGUAACAAGACACUGUGUGUAUGUUAUAUAUACACGCAUAGAUGUGUGUGCCUGUAAAGGCACAUUUCACAGUCGUGAGCACACACACACACACACACACACACACACACACUAGAAAAAGGUGGUUCAUUAUGGAUGAAUUUGAAUUUUGGUUUUGAUUCUUGCACGUGAAAAUUGAUUCAUUGACUGUUGGAAAUAAAUACU